AUGAGUUUCCUUAAUAAAGUUGUUUUGGUGACUGGUGCUGGUUCUGGAAUCGGUCAAGCUGUAAGUUUACAGUUUGCGAAAUAUACGGCAAGACUGUCACUUGUUGACAAAGAUGAAGAGAAUUUAAAGAAAACUGGUGCACUAUGCCAAAAGUUAAUUCGAGCUAAAGUACUCACAACAGUUGCUGAGUUACGUGAAGAAGAAGAUAUCAAAAAAGCUGUAGCUAACACUAAAGCUGAAUUUGGAAGAAUUGAUAUUGUUGUCAACUGUGCGGGAAUAUACAGGCCAACUAGUAUUUUCGAUUCUAAUUUAGUUGAACUAUUUGACGAUGUAAUGGCAACUAAUCUCAGAUCUGUUGUGUUUUUGAUUAACUGUGUCGCUAAUGACCUAGUGGAAACAAAAGGAAACAUUAUAAACAUUACAGGAGAAAUGCGUUCGCUAGGUGCAUUUAAAGGUAUAGCAUACCAAACGACGAUUGCAGCUCUGGAGCAUUUUACUACUAGUAUAGCCUUGGAACUGGCUCCUAAAGGUGUUCGAGUAAACUCCAUAUCACCCGGUGUAGUGAAAACAAAUAUUUUGGACAGUGCUGGUGUUAACUCAGAAGAAAGUGAAGCUUUCUGGAGCAAGGCUUCAUCUGCGCCUCUAAAUAAACUGGUGAAAACUGAAGAUAUUGCAGAAUUUGUCACAUUUUUGGCUAGUGACAAAGCGAGAGCCAUGACUGGUUGUACCUAUUCAAUUGAUGCUGGAUUAGGCUUAUCACGACAUUUAUAA